GGGGAAUAGAGGAAGAACAGAAAAAACUAAAGAAAAAACCAUUUUAUUCCUUUUCAUUUUUUUAUCUUUUCUUCUUUCUCUCUUGAUUGAAAAUCAUGGCUAAAACUUCUAAGAUCUUCCUCUGGUUCCUCCUAAUAAAUUUAUCUUCAUUUUUCAACCUUUGUUUAUGCGACGGAAGCAACGUUAGCGGUCUCGACCAGCUUCUGCCUGGUUUAGGACAAUCUGAUGUUUUGCAAAAUGCACAAUGCAUGCAAAAACUGCUUCCAUGUCAACCAUAUUUGAAGACUCCAAGCAAUCCUCCACCAGCAUGUUGUACACCUUUGGAUGAAAUGGCAAAAGGUGAAUCUGAUUGUCUCUGCAAAUUGCUUAGCAAUCCUAAGCUUUUUAUGUCCCUCGAUGUUACUGAGGAUCAAUUGUUGAAGCUUCCUAAUGCUUGUGGUAUUGAUGUUGAUACCACCAAGUGCAAUGGCACUGCAGCAGAAGGAACCACAUCAGAAUCAACACCAUUAGGAGGUGAAGAAACAACAGGUGAAGAGGGUUUUGCAGAUCCCAGUAGCUCAACAAAAAUGAUUGCUCCAUAUGGAAUCACUUAUUUUGUUGUAUCUGGCUUUGCUACAUUGUUGACUGCUCUAGUAUUUUCUGCAUACUAGAGAGGAAAAAGAACAUGUUUUGUGUAUGAGUUUGUUCACUGCUACAAUUUCUCUCUUGAAUUUUAUGUCAUGACUAAAAAAGGAGUUAAGAACAUGAAUUUAGAACCUAUCAAAUAGUUUGGUUAAUAAAAAAAAAGAGCCUAUCAAUUAUUGCAACAUACAUUUUGAAAUUGUUUUUAAUGUUGCAGUGGCUGUGGUCCAUUGUCACUAACGGAUGGAUCAAAUACAAUUCUUAU